GAAAGAAGCCUGAAUUUGCUUCUGAUAAUAGUGGAAACGUGACGCCUGCUUUAUCAAUUAAAGGCAACGCAAUUGAAAGGGAAAUUGACACUCUUUGUGCUAUUGGCCCUGUGAAACCACUACAAUCUCUUUUCACCGGUGAGGAGGAUGAGACAAUUCAAUCGGAGCUCAAGGGAGUCAAGCUGUUCAUCAAACGUGGUAGUAAAGAAUUUACGGAUGGUAUCUAUGGUCAUAUAAAAAUCCUUGCACAUACCAAACACCAAACGGACAGAUUGCUCUUUCGUCGAGAACCUCUAGGACAAGUCUCUGCGAACAUCAAGAUCCGCCCAGCCGUUCAUUGUGCUUUCGAUGCGGAGGAAAAUAUACUGCGGGUGAUCCACAAAGAGCUAGUUGAACCAGAAAACAAAGGAGAAACCCAAAAGGAGGUAAUAGUAAUAUAUGCUCUCAAGCCUGGGAGAGCUUCUAAAGCAGAUUUCAAGACAUUUUCGGAAGAUCUCUUGGCUAACGCACAUCUAAAAGCAAGUUGAUUUCGUACACAGCUGCUUGGGAAUCCGAGAAGAUUCCAUCUUGAUGAACCCAUCAUUGAAGGGCUCUGCGCUGGGCGCUUGGCCUUUUCGUAGUAGAUGGGAUGUUGUCCAAACUGGCUUACCGGGCGCUUCAGCAAACUCUGAAGUUGGCUACAGCAUAGCAAAGCCGUCGCGACGGGACGGGACGAUUUUGAUCAUCGUAUUGACGAUUAGCAGUAUGGGCGUGAUCCGCUAUCUUACGGAUGC